AUGGCAAUUGGUAUGGGGCAUAUUUUCCGUGCUAAGCAAGGCCUUCGAAGAUCUUCUUCAAGAACAAACAGAGAAAGUGAAGUUCCUAAAGGGCAUUUUGCAGUUUAUGUUGGGGAGACUGAAAAGAAGCGCUUUGUAAUUCCUGUUUCGUACUUGAAGGACCCUUCAUUCCAAGACUUGUUGUGUCAAGCUGAGGAAGAAUUCGGAUUUGAUCAUCCGAUGGGUGGACUCACAAUACCUUGUUUGGAGGAUACCUUCGUUGACAUCAUUUCUAAUUGGGAAAUUGAUGCCAGCAAACUAGCUAUUCUUGAUUUCUCCUCUACCCUUUCUGAUGCUGUGAAACUGACGAACUCUGAUAUGAAGUAA